CGUGAGGCUCGGAGGUGCGGGGAGCGGCGGCAGCGCCGGCGGCCAGCAGGCGGAGGCUGAGGCGGAAAGCGAGCCGGAGCGAGACGAGCAGCUGGGCGCAGGCGCCGCCUCCACAGUCUCGUCCAUGGUCGGCGCCCGCAGACCGCGGCGGCCUGUCUCGCGCCCCACCUCCUGCACAUCCUCCUCCGCCUUCUCGGGGUCCGCCGGCGGCGCUGUGUGGAGGCCCCGGCGCUGAAACCCGCGGAGCGAGGGGCGGAGGAGGCGGCGAGGGGCUCCGGGCCCACGGGGUGCCCUCCGACGCGGGGACGCCAGCGCCCGCAGUCCGCUGCCGCCGGCCCGGCCCCGCCACCGCCGCCCGCGGGGCUCCUCGGCGCGGCCGCCGGGGCCGGGGAAGCAUGACCGCCGGGACCCUCCGGGGGACGGCCGGGACCCGGCCCGGGAUCUAGACGGCGUGGGGGAGGGGAGCCGCCCUCCCGCGGCGCCGCUCCAGGACGCCGUCGCCGGCCGGGCUGUGCUGUGUUUCCUCCUCGCGUGGUGCCGCAGUGAAGUGAGGGAAGAUGUCCACGAGGACCCCGUUGCCGACGGUGAAUGAGCGGGACACUGAGAACCACACGUCACAUGGAGAUGGUCGGCAAGAAGUGACCUCUCGCACCGGGCGCUCUGGAGCUCGGUGUAGAAACUCUAUAGCUUCCUGUGCAGACGAACAGCCUCACAUUGGAAACUACAGACUGUUGAAAACAAUCGGCAAAGGGAAUUUUGCAAAAGUGAAAUUGGCAAGACACAUCCUUACAGGCAGAGAGGUUGCAAUAAAAAUAAUUGACAAAACUCAGUUGAAUCCAACAAGUCUACAAAAGCUCUUCAGAGAAGUAAGAAUAAUGAAGAUUUUAAAUCAUCCAAACAUAGUGAAGUUAUUUGAAGUCAUCGAAACUGACAAAACACUCUACCUAAUCAUGGAGUAUGCAAGUGGAGAUAGUGUCUGCGGUCCAGUACUGCCACCAAAAGCGGAUCGUUCACAGAGACCUCAAGAAUUGUCACCGACUCACAUGUUCCUCUCCACACCCCCUCACUGCAUUCACAUCCCCUCUGGUAGCUGCAGUGGUUGCUUGUGUGUUGAAGACCCCAUUCCAUCCCUCGCCAGAGCUCCCCUCUCCACUACCAGCCACAAGAGGACACAGCCCUCGGGCCCUCGGGCUCAGCAAGCUCGCCGCCUAAAAGCUGAAAAUCUAUUGUUAGAUGCUGAUAUGAACAUUAAAAUAGCUGACUUUGGUUUUAGCAAUGAAUUUACUGUUGGCAGUAAACUGGAUACGUUUUGUGGGAGCCCUCCAUAUGCAGCCCCAGAGCUCUUCCAGGGCAAGAAAUACGACGGGCCGGAAGUGGACGUGUGGAGCCUCGGCGUCAUUCUGUACACGCUGGUCAGCGGGUCGCUCCCCUUCGACGGACAGAACCUGAAGGAACUGAGAGAGCGAGUAUUAAGAGGGAAGUACAGAAUCCCUUUCUACAUGUCUACAGACUGUGAAAACCUUCUCAAACGUUUCCUGGUGCUAAAUCCAGUAAAACGGGGCACUCUGGAGCAAAUCAUGAAGGACAGAUGGAUCAACGCAGGGCACGAGGAGGACGAACUGAAACCAUUUGUUGAACCAGAACUCGACAUCUCAGACCAGAAAAGAAUAGAUAUUAUGGUGGGAAUGGGAUAUUCACAAGAAGAAAUUCAAGAAUCUCUUAGUAAAAUGAAAUAUGAUGAAAUCACAGCUACAUAUUUGUUGUUGGGGAGAAAAUCUUCUGAGCUCGAUGCUAGUGACUCCAGUUCUAGCAGCAAUCUCUCACUUGCUAAGGUUCGGCCGAGCAGUGACCUCAACAACAGCACCGGCCAGUCUCCUCACCACAAAGUGCAACGAAGUGUUUCCUCAAGCCAGAAGCAGAGGCGGUACAGUGACCAUGCUGGACCAGCCAUCCCUUCCGUUGUGGCAUAUCCAAAAAGGAGUCAGACCAGCACUGCAGAUGGUGACCUCAAAGCAGAUGGCGCUCCUUCCAGGAGGGCAGGCAGCGGUGCAGGCGGAGGCAAGGGAAUGGCUCCAGCCAGUCCCAUGCUUGGGAAUGCGAGCAAUCCCAACAAGGCGGACAUUCCUGAACGCAAGACAAGCUCCACUGUCCCCAAUAGUAAUACAGCAUCUGGCGGAAUGACACGGCGAAAUACUUACGUUUGCAGUGAAAGAACUACAGCUGACAGACAUUCAGUAAUUCAGAAUGGCAAAGAAAGCAGCACCGUUCCUGACCAGAGAGCCCCAGGUGCUUCCACACACAGCAUCAGCAGCGCGGCCACCCCGGAUCGCGUCCGCUUCCCCAGGGGCACUGCCAGUCGCAGCACGUUCCACGGCCAGCCCCGCGAGCGGCGGACUGCCACCUAUAACGGCCCACCCGCCUCGCCCAGCCUGUCCCACGAAGCCACGCCAUUGUCACAGGCUCGAAGCCGAGGCUCCGCUAAUCUUUUCAGUAAAUUAACCUCAAAACUCACAAGGAGAAACAUGUCAUUCAGGUUUAUCAAAAGGCUUCCGACCGAAUAUGAGAGGAACGGGAGAUAUGAGGGCUCCAGUCGCAACGUCUCUGCUGAGCAAAAGGAUGAAAACAAAGAAGCAAAACCUCGCUCCCUGCGCUUCACCUGGAGCAUGAAAACCACUAGUUCCAUGGACCCCAGCGACAUGAUGCGGGAGAUCCGCAAAGUGCUGGACGCCAACAACUGCGACUACGAGCAGAGAGAGCGCUUCCUCCUCUUCUGUGUCCACGGCGACGGGCACGCGGAGAGCCUCGUGCAGUGGGAGAUGGAGGUGUGCAAGCUGCCAAGACUGUCUCUGAACGGGGUGCGGUUCAAGCGGAUAUCAGGGACGUCCAUCGCUUUCAAAAACAUUGCUUCCAAGAUUGCCAAUGAGCUAAAGCUGUAACCGGGAACGAUGGUGUAAUAGAGCAGCGGCCUGAAGUUCCUGGGCGCUGGUGGAAAUGUAUAGAAUAAUAUUUAGGCAAUAACGUCUGCAUCUUCUAAAUCAUGGUAUUAAACUAUAAGGACGAGAGCACGCCUGGGAGCGAAAGCUGGCCUCUUUUCUACGAAUGCACUACAUUAAAGCUGUGUGACACGUGUGCCCUCUGUCUUCUUUCCAUUGCCCUGAGGGUCAGCGUGUGACCUCCAUCUCCACGUGCCUCCUGUGGGUGCGAGUGGGCCGCGCGUGCGGGUGGUGCACACGGAGCAUCUCCCUGCCUGGCCGCCCGUCCCAGCAGCUCUGUGGGAGGUCAUUGGUGCUACAGCUGUUACACUUGCCAAGGAGGAAAUACUGAACUACUACGAAUUAACCUUAAGACUAGUUGGUAAUUAGUACAGGUUUACAGUUCAUGCCUGUGGUUUUGUGUUUGUUGUUCGUGUGUUUUUUAGUGCAAAAGGUUUAAAUUUAUAGUUGUGAACUUUGCUUGUGUGUUUUUCUAAGUAGAUUCACAAGAUAAUUAAACAUUCACUUUUUCUCAGUAAAA